UUCCCCGAAGACCGCCGGGAGGGGGACUGACGAUCGAGCGACUGAACCCGUCGCUGCGCGGUCGGACGCGGAGGACUGGGGCGCGAGCGGGCGACUCUUGGGCUUGCGGCGCCGAGCAAAAAAAUAAAAAAGCAGAGGCGGCAGUUCUCCGGCUCCGCCGCGCACCAGCUGUGUGACCCCAGGCGCCUCCCCCCAUUAACCGGCUUUGGACCUCUCGGGUUCCGGUACAAGGAGGGGCUGGACCCAGGUGGACUCCGUGUUCCCAUUGCCCUUUCUCGCUGGAAACCCUCGGAAGGUGAGGCCGGCAAGUGAGAGCGGACUGCAACAGGGAGCUCCAGGACCGACGGAAUGGGGUCAGCUUGCAUCAAAGUCACCAAGUACUUCCUCUUCCUCUUCAACUUGCUCUUCUUUGUCCUGGGUGCGGUGAUCCUGGGCUUCGGGAUAUGGAUCCUGGUUGACAAGAACAGUUUCAUCUCCAUCUUACAGACCUCCUCCACCUCGUUCAAGGUGGCGGCCUACGUCUUCAUCAGCGUGGGGGCCCUCACCAUGGUCAUGGGCUUCCUGGGCUGCCUGGGUGCCGUCAACGAGGUCCGCUGCCUGCUGGGAAUGUACUUUGCCUUCCUCCUGCUGAUCCUCGUCGCCCAGGUGACUGCAGGGGUCUUCUUCUACUUCAACAUGGGCGAGCUGAAGCAGGAGAUGGGCGGCAUCGUGAUCAAGCUCAUUCACAACUACACGGACGGCUCCGGGGACAACCUGCAGGAGGCCUGGGACUACGUUCAGGCUCAGGUGAAGUGCUGCGGCUGGGUCAGUUUCCUCAACUGGACAGAAAACCCUGAGCUCAUGAAUCGCACCAACAUCACCUUCCCCUGUUCCUGCAAGAAGAGUGAUGAGGAGGACGCCCUCGCGUUGCCGCAGAAGGGCUUCUGCGAGGCGCCCUUUGGCAACAGAACCCAGAGCGGCAACGACCCUGAGGACUGGCCAGUGUAUCAGGAGGGCUGCAUGGAGAAGGUGCAGGGCUGGCUGCAGGAGAACCUGGGCGUCAUCCUCGGCGUGUGUGUGGGCGUCGCUGUCAUCGAGCUCCUGGGGAUGUUCCUAUCCAUGUUCCUAUGCCGGCGUGUCCAUUCUGAAGACUACAGCAAGGUCCCCAAGUACUGAGGCGGCUACUGUCCCCACCUCCCUGCCUGUCCCCCCAACCUCAGGGCUCCUAGGGGUUUCUCCUAGGCUCCCCCGCUCCAGGCCCGCCUCCCACCUCACUGCCAAGACCCCUUGUCCGUCCCGUGCUGGCUGGAAGUUGGGGGGGCUUCCUGGGGCCUGAACCCCCUCUCCUUUGCUUUUUUGCUGUCAGUCUUAAGCUCCAGCUAUUCUGUGGCUCCUCCACACACUCCCUGUCUGCCAGGGUUGUCUUAGCAACCCAAAGGAAACGCUCCCUGCACAGGUGGGCUGGGUUUCUACCUGCCUUGGGGGCUGUAUAUAUUGUAUGGGAGAAAGUGUGUUAAAAACUGGGGGGGGGGGGGGGUUUGGAUAAGGCACCCUGGGUUGUCACUGCCCACUGCGUGGGUCAGCUUUGCUUCCAUUCUGAUGCUUCUGUCCUUGUUUUUUCCAUUUUCCUUGAGGUAGUGGGAGAAGGUGGGCUUGACCUGACAUAAGAGCGGCACCCCUUCUCCAGCCUGACCCAGCCCCACCCAAGCAGCUCAGGCCAGUCUGGGCCACGCUGUGAGGGCAGGGCCCGCAUGAGCUGGGCUGAAAGGGGGCGGCCUGGGCAUGAAGGUCUGGACUGGCCCUGGGCCGCUUAGGGAAGCAGGGGGUGAGCCCUCCCAGUGUGGCACAGAGCUGGCCCUGCAUUCACCAGGAUCCUGAGCGGCCCAGGGAAGCAAGGCUGCUUUCUCCUGUCCUCUGUCCCCCAGGGAAUGGGUGGGUAAGGUUGUGCCUUGAAGGGGAGUGGGAAGGGGCCCAGGGCACAGUUCUGUAAAACACACAUGACCGAUUAUUAAAGAGGAUUUGUAACAAUCCA